AUGUCGGAUUCCAACGCCAUCCAUCUUGCCAUUCUCAUCGACAACAAGACAAUCCCCACUUACGAAGGAAUUGAUGCUUUCUCCAAAUACAUUCGAUUCUAUCCCUCAGCGAACUUCGCACUACAUGUCUUUUUUCCCUCCGACUUCAAGUGGCUUGCAGACAUCUUGCUCUUGAAUGUCUCAAUCAAUGGGAAUUCAGCAAGCUCAUUCCACAUUCGUCCAAAAGGGGAGGGUCAAGAGUUGGAAGGAAUCAUACGAUCACCAGCUUUUGUUCUGCCGUCCGAACCACAUGAUCAUGGACAAAUCGUCGCUAGGAUGUGGCAUGCGAAGGUCUCUCCUACUGAGGACAGUCUCUCAUCAUCUACACAACCGGCUGAGAAAGAGAUGGAGAAUGUUGUCGAUGCGAGCUCGUUGAACUCGAAAGUCGUAUCGACUACCCCUAUCGAGAAUUCCUCACAGCAUUCACUCACAUUCAAGUGGAGUUUCCGCUCGUUGGACGCUUUGAGGGAGAUUGUGCCGAGUGCCAGAUCGCAAGCUGGUCCGGUGUGGACGGAAGAGGAUGAGAGGUAUCAUAGACGACAGUUGGAAUCUGGGGGUGACAGGGAGGUAGAACAGGAUGAUUACAUGCUUCGUCGGGCUGAGGCCGAUGAUAAAAGGUUGAGUGUUACGGAGGAUGGGAAUGGUGGUGAUGAAUGA